AUGAAGGAUGCGUCGUGCGAUAACAGCCCUCGGGCACCUUUACUGGCAGCAGUAAAUGCAGAUUCUCAGGUGCAUUUGAUUGUCGGUUCAAAUCCUCUUGCAGCAGCUCGUUGUGCCAAAAGCCUCGAGGCUGGUGCGAAGCCAAUCAUCAUUGCUCCGGAAACAGAAGAUUUGCAAUAUGCAUUGUCUGAACGUAUCGCAAAUGGAUCAGCACAAUGGGUACGCAAAGAAUUCCACGAUGAAGAUCUAACGAGUUUGGGGCGAGAAGAAGUCGACCAUGUCGUGGACAUGGUUUUUGUCACACUAGGCGGAAAUCACCCACUCAGCUCUCACAUCUCGAAGCUCUGUCGACGUCUAAGGAUUCCAGUCAACGUGGCUGAUGCUCCUGAUCUUUGUACAUUCACCUUGCUUUCUACAUACUCGGAUGGCCCUCUCCACAUUGGCAUUACUACAUCAGGACGCGGUUGCAAGCUUGCAUCCCGUCUACGGAGAGAGAUCUCUGCUUUCUUACCACCAAGCCUUGGAGCUGCGAUUGACAGGCUGGGUGCAGUCAGGAGACGCUUAUGGGCCGAAGACCACGCUGCUGGACUAUGCGGCGAGACCUUUGAGGGCGAAGAUGAUGAUUCCACAGGCCAGAAACAUACAUUCAACACAUUGGUCACCCAAGAUGACGUUUCAGCAACCAAAACAAGACGCAUGCGUUGGCUUUCCCAGAUAUGUGAAUACUGGCCACUCCGCAAACUCGCGGACAUCAGCGAUUCCGAUAUUGAUGUUAUCCUCGAGGCUUAUUCGUCUGGAAAGAAUGACGCUAAAGAAAUCAACGGUGCUGAGUCCUCGCCACGGACAGGGAAGAUUGUUCUGGCUGGCUCCGGCCCAGGACAUCCAGACUUAUUGACCCGAGCAACCUAUCAUGCAAUCCAGAACGCCGACAUCAUUUUGGCAGAUAAGCUUGUGCCUGCGCCAGUUCUGGAGCUCAUUCCUCGGAGAACAGAGGUUCACAUUGCACGCAAAUUCCCGGGCAACGCAGACCAAGCACAAGAGGAGUUCCUCCAAAUGGGAAUAAAAGCUCUUCGUAGCGGACGACAUGUGCUUCGAUUGAAACAGGGAGACCCUUAUCUUUAUGGUCGUGGAGGAGAAGAGUUCGAAUUCUUCCGCAAUGAAGGAUUUGUCCCUGUUGUCCUUCCUGGAAUCACAAGUGCACUGAGCGCCUCACUAUUUGCAGAUAUUCCAGCAACUCACCGGGGCGUAUCUGAUCAAGUCUUGAUUUGCACAGGAACUGGCAGAAAAGGCGCGGCCCCAGAACCUCCUACAUAUGUACCGACGCAGACAGUUGUUUUCCUCAUGGCAUUGCACCGAUUGUCAGCUCUCGUGGAGUCUCUCACUACACCAGCAGCAGACAAUAGCAGCUCGCGCCCCAGGACGCCCUGGCCAAAGAAAACUCCUUGCGCGAUCAUUGAGCGGGCUUCUUGUGCAGACCAGCGAGUAAUUCGCUCUACACUUGAGCAUGUGUGCAAGGCAUUUGAGACUGAGGGGUCACGGCCGCCCGGAUUGCUGGUGGUUGGAGCUAGUUGCCACGUCUUGCACCAACAGAAAGACCAGAAAUGGGCUGUCGAGGAGGGAUAUCGGGAUCUCGAUGAACUGCGCAGCAAGAUCGACGAGCCUCCGGUGAUUGGAGUGAAGAGAAAGUGCGCUGAAUGA